AUGGAAUCCUUCGAAAAUUUCGACAGCAUAGCGACAUUCUUCCUGCUCGUCUGUAAUCUCGAGGUGCUUACGUUCAAGGAGACCUUUGUGACCGACGAAGCUCACGAAUCGCUGGGAACAAUGGUGGAUAACGUGGUUUUCUACUUUACAGAUGCAUGCAAGCGCCAAAUGGCGAAGCUGCAAACCUCAACGGAUUUGCGCUCCGCCAUGGCGAGCAUUCAAGAAAAACUUAUAACACCAAUAAAAGUAUCGGGUAUUAGGGGGGUAUUGCAGCCGCUCCUGUUACGAGCGCAGCAGACCUACAACAACAUGGAAGCCAGUCUCAUCAAGUGUGUCCAGCGGGAGAUUGCCACCCACAUCCGGGGUUACGACAAGAAGGCAUUCGUGAAAGCUAUGUGCGACGAAACGCAAUUCGAGCCCGAUUGGGAACACGACUUAUUAUCGCAUUUGGGAGACAAAAACUUACGGGGUGCUAACCUCUAUCCCCCUGUUUGUUUCGCCGUAGGCAUCGUGUUGAAGAACGUAGACUUUAUCGGUGGGUACCGGCUAAACAAACUCGCGUCGGAGGCGCUUGACGCUAUGAGGGCCUCGAUUGUCGACGCGGAGUAUGCGUUCGGCAAAAUGUGCACACUAGACAAGGCAUUGGUACGGAUCAACCAAGACUUCUUCAUGAUGCGCCACCUACCGCACGUAUUUGUGCACAUGGACGAAUUCUAUGGAAUUGAUUCUUUGAGUUCCAUUUACGGACUCUACAACACUGCGGAACGGCAAUUUUGCGCAGGCGUAGCUGGCCUGCUGCUCGGCGACUUCCAAUCGUUUACGCGCAAGCAAAUAAAGCACGACCACCCUGCCUACGAGGAGAAGUUGGCAGCCGCUACCGCACAACUGACUAAUAAGCUGCCUAUAUUGAAGCGUCGCAUGGAACACCAGCUGCCACAAAAGCAUUUCAAGCGCGCGUUUAGAAGGCUAAAGCAGUCACUGCAGGACAUUAUCAUGGAGUACCCCAAGAAAUUCAGCUUUCAACCUCCCACUAUACCCGAAGAAAAGGAUGACGGCGAGGCGGCAGAGCCGUGCCAUCAUUUGAUACGGUUGUGA